ACUGCUUGUUGGCGACCGCAACGUGCCGCUGCCUGUGAGUUGAGCUCGGCUGCCCGCACCGCAACCCAAAAGCACUCCGAGUCGGACACCAAACACCCCGAUGAGAGUCCGUCCUCCUGGUGCGGCAGUAGAAGGAAACCAGGCCAGUACACAAGAGGGACGCUUCGACGAGCAUGCCGGCAAUUCCGUCAUAGAACCGCACUGCCGCCGCUGACAAGCUCACGACGCUUGCGCCCCUCCAAACCACCGCCUGCCACACCUCCCUCAACCCAGCCCGACCGACCACCCCCCGCAGGCAGGCCCAGCUGCCGUCCACCAUGGAUCACUGCGCCUCGGUGCUGCUGGCGUUCCCGCCAGAGGACGUCCUGGCCGACCAUGCUGCCUAUAACAAGGCCGCAAAGACCCAUAUCGCCAAGAUAAACCAGCUGUUCAAGGACCAGGGCCCUGCCAUCGCCGCCAACGCCCAGAGCCUGCUCGACUGUCUCAACCCGCAAGUCCACUCAAUAUCCUACCUCGCCAUCCUCGACUGCCUGCUGCCUACGCCUACAGACCUGAGGCAGUCACCGUACCAGUACGAUGAGGGCCUGGCCGAGCGCAUAAUCUUGUUCCUCUGCCGCUUCGAUCCCAUCCAGAUCCGCUACUAUGGCGUGCCUUUUACGACCCUGUUCACCACCGUUAGUAGUGGUCAGAUAAUGCCGGCCCCGGUUGCCGUCCCGCUGCUGGCAAAUGCUCUAUUAAGAGUCGACCCUUCGGGCUCGAUGCUCACGUCGAACCACCUGAUGUUGAUGGGGCUGGCCUACUUUAGCGAGGUCACGGAGCCCACCGUCGCCGUCACCGACAAGAGCAUAAUCUACUACCCCAACAUGGUUAACCAGCCGGACCCGCGCACCAUCAUGCUCUGCGACCCGAACCUUCCCCCCUCGUCCUACGUCACCAAGGACACGGGCCUGACGACGCGCCUGACGCCGCUGCAGGUGAUCGAGUAUGACUGGCUCGUAGGGCUGUCCCGGUGCUCGCGGCGCGACUGGAGCGGCGCCAGGGAGGCGUUUGGCCGCGCCGCCUCGCAUCCCUGCCGCGACGCUGGCAUUAGCCGCGCCAUGGUCGAGGCGUUCAAGAAGUGGGUGCUCGUCAGCCUGCUGGACGAGGGCCGCGUGUCGGGCCCCGCGCCGCCGCACGCCAGCGAGCGCGUGGCUAAGGCCCACGCGCUCCUGGCGCUCCCCUACGUCCACAUCGCCGAGGAGUUCCUGGGCUCGGGCAACGGCGCCGCCCUCCGGCGCUGCGUCGAGGCGUCGCAGGCCCAGCUCGUCGAGGACGGCAACGAGGGCCUGGUUCGCGAGGUGCUCCAGUCCCACCAGAAGUGGCAGAUCGUCAGGUUGCGUGACGUCUACGCCAGGAUCUCGCUGUCCGAGGUGCGCGAGCGGACCAAGAGCGCCGUCACGGGCGAGCCGGCCGCGAGCGACGCCGAGUUGGCGGCGCUGAUCGAGAGCAUGGUGGCCUCGGGCAUGCUGCAGGCCGCCAUCGAGCCGCCCAUCUCAGGCGGCGGCGCUGGCGUCCCGUGCCUCGUGUUUCUAAACGGCGACGACAACAGACCCGAGCACGAGCUGGCCAGCCAGAUCCAGCACGCGGCCGAGCGCAUCAACCGGCUCUCGCUCGAGUACAGGGCAACCAAGGAGAGGCUGGCCACCAGCAAGGAGUUCAUCCGCCUGGCCAUCAAGGAUCAGAAGCGCGACAAGGACACCAAGGACACCUGCUUCGACUUCAACGCCAUGGAGGACGAGGACAUCAUGUCGGAGAUGACCCCCGGCAACCUCUGAUGGGAGCAGCCUCCCUCGGUGCGAAACCCGCUGCAGACGCCCAAGGGCGCCCGAGACGACGGGCGUCACCUGCCCUGCGCUAGUGCAGGAGCUGCUGCACCGGCCAGCCAGAGCAAGUAGACCUAAUUAGACAUGCCGACUUUUUGGGAGGCAUCCUUUUUUUGAUUGCACAGUCAUGGCAACGGUGACGACAGUGCUAAAAAGGCACGGCACUCUAGCCAGUCCAAGGUGGAGACCUAAUUGUGCCCGCCUCUUAAAUACAGGAUGGGAUUACGUGGCGUCCAUAGAGGCAGUGUCUUGUUCUUUCUCUUUUCGCGUCAAUGCCUGCACAGCAAAGCGAUACAUUGAUUGCCCGAGCUAGUAGCCCGAGGUCGCCAUGUUUAGACUGUGGAGCUCAAGAGGUCUCAUUUGUGUCAUGUGCGCACCGCAUCUAGCCAGCCUCGUAAUAGACGUGAAGCCCUCGUGCUUCAUCGGUUUCCUUCCG